CAAUCUUCUCUUCACCAUUUGAUAAAAUACCUUCUUUUAUCUUCCUUUUUCUGUCUAUUGACUGUCUUCUCUACUACUCUCUUUAAGCUUUUCUAAAUCUCUCUCUCUAGAGCUUCCACUUCCUCUUCUAAUGGUCGAACCAAAAAAACCCUAGAUUCCCCCUUUCAUCUUCUCUACUUCCACACCUUUCUCUCUAAAACAAACUCUUAGAGAAUGAAGACUUUUUCAAGCUUCUUUCUCUCUGUAACAACUCUUUACUUCGUCUCCUUCUCUCUUUCAUUUCAAGCUUCACCAUCACAGUCUCUGUACAGAGAAGUCCAUCAGCUUAUAAACUUCAAAAACGCUGUUUAUGACAAGACUCUUCUCCCAGACUGGUCUUCCAACAAAAACCCGUGUACCUUCGAUGGCGUUACUUGCAGAGACGACAAGGUUACUUCCAUUGAUCUCAGUUCUAAGCCUCUCAACGUAGAAUUCAGUGCUGUGGCUGCAUUUCUAAUGACUCUCGCCGGAUUAGAGUCUCUGUUUCUCUCAAACUCAAACAUCAAUGGCUCCAUUUCUGCCUUCAAGUGCUCUGCUUCUUUAACCACCUUGGAUCUAUCAAGAAACUCUCUUUCGGGUCCUGUAACUAGCCUUGGUUCUUGUUCUCUCCUGAAAUCACUCGUGCUGUCUAGUAACAACUUCUCCGGCACGUUACCGAUUGAUACGUUACUGAAGAUGAGAGGUCUCAAGGUACUCGAUCUGUCUUUCAACGAGUUUUCCGGCGAAUUACCGGAAUCUCUGACGAAUCUAUCAGCUUCGUUGCUAACGUUAGAUCUAAGCUCCACCAAUUUCUCCGGUACGAUACUCUCAAAUCUCUGCCAGAACCCUAAAAACACUCUCCAAGAGCUUCACCUACAGAACAAUGGCUUCACCGGGAAGAUUCCACCAAGUUUAAGCAACUGUACUGACCUCGUUUCGCUUCACCUAAGCUUCAAUUACCUCUCCGGGACAAUCCCGUCGAGCUUAGGCUCUUUGUUAAAGCUUCGAGAUCUGAAGCUAUGGAUGAAUAUGUUAGAAGGUGAGAUCCCUCAGGAGCUCAUGUAUGUCAAGACUUUAGAGACUCUGAUUCUCGAUUUCAACUACUUAACCGGUGAAAUCCCUUCCGGUUUAAGUUACUGUACCAAACUGAUCUGGGUUUCUCUGUCGAAUAACCGCUUAACCGGUCAGAUUCCAAGCUGGAUCGGCCGGUUAGAGAAUCUCGCCAUCCUCAAUCUAAGCAUCAAUACGUUACACGGGAACAUUCCUGCUGAGCUCGGUGACUGCAAAAGCUUAGUCUGGCUCGAUCUCAACACCAAUUCCUUCGACGGUACGAUCCCGGCUGAAAUGUUCAAACAAUCCGGGAGAAUCGUUGCGAAUCUUAUGGCGGGUAAGAGGUACGUUUACAUCAAAAACGUUGGGGUGACGAAACAGUGUCACGGAGCUGGUAAGUUGCUUGAGUUCCAAGUAAUUAGACCAGAGCAACUUAACCGGGUUUCAAAGAGGAGCCCUUGUAAUUUCACCAGAGUCUAUGGAGGUCAUACUUCGCCCAUGUUUGAUAACGACGGUUCGAUGAUGUUUUUGGACAUGUCUUAUAACAUGUUGUCUGGUUACAUACCAAAGGAGUUUGGUUCGAUGCGUUACCUGUUUGUCCUCAAUUUGGGUCAUAACUUUAUAUCUGGUUCGAUUCCUGACGAGGUAGGUGAUCUGAGAGGUUUAAACAUUCUUGAUCUUUCAAGCAAUAAGCUCGACGGGACCAUCCCUCUGGCGAUGUCAGCGCUUACUAUGCUUAUGGAAAUCGAUUUGUCCAACAAUAAUCUUUCUGGUCAGAUUCCUGAGGUUGGUCAAUUCGAGACUUUUCCGCGGGAGAAGUUCUUGAACAAUUCUGGUCUUUGCGGUUAUCCACUUCCACGGUGUGAUCUCGUGAACGCAAACGGAUACGCGCAAGAAGAAGAAGAAGAAGAAGAAGAAGAAGAAGAAGAAGGAGAGGUGUUGAGCUGGAAAGCAGUGGCUAUAGGAUAUGCUCUUGGGGUGUUGUUUGGAUUGGCAAUAGCACAAGUCAUUGCUUCAUACAAGCCGGAGUGGUUCUUCAAAAAUUUUGGCCUUAGAAAGAGCAGAAACCGUUAGGAUUAACUUGGUGGUACUGGAAUAUCGAUGAGAUCAAGAUUGAACGGUGGAGACAACUAAUCAAGAUA